CUCUGCUAAGCAAAGACAUUCGCAAACUUGUCACCCCCUGCAAAUUCACUGUAAGGAUACGCCGCAAACGUUCCCGAGCCGAUUAACCUUUCUAAAGAAUUGACAGUUUAAUGUCAAGUCAGUUAAUCUUACUUUUGUGCUCGAACUGUCCUGGAACAUCUAGAUAAUGGCCGAAACCCGGGUCCUUCCGAGUGGAGAAGUGUACCGGCAGAUGUUUGAUGCGCAGGUCCAGCUGUCGUUGGCGCUUCAUGAUGGACGAAGCAAACGUGCUGCCAGCGGAGGUUUCCAGCUUAGCUGUGACUGCCAUGGGGGCCAAGAGGCGCACCCUGGAGGGCUGCGGACCAGGGUUCAGACGGAAUGUUCGGUGUGGUCCGAAGACACCACUGCACGGGCACAGCUGUUCUCAGGUGGCCUGGCCGUACAGAAGAAUCAUCAGCUGAUGCAGGAGAUAAGUGGUCUUCCAGAUACAGUUGAGGCAGAGCUCAAAGGAUCUGACAUUAUUGAACGCCUCAAGGAGAAAAAACGAAGAGAUCACACAGAGGCUGUUGUUCAGUUGCAUCGAGAUCUCGCUGUGAUAAGCACGAAAUAUGAAUCGUGCCUCAGGCAACAAGCAGAGAACACCAUGUGUCAACUGGCACAAUAUGAUGCCACCGUUGAGAGUCUCAUGAGAAAGAUCGACAGCGUGUCCGAUUUGGAAAGCUUCAGCAUCCAGGACCAUCUGCAGGUCUGGGAAUUGGUCAGCCAGGAGUCGGCAAACAGAAGGGAGUGCAUCAGGAAACUGGACGAGAACCUUGACAAGUACAUUUCUGAAAGAACAGCUGUGAUUUCAACAUUGCUCAGAAAAUACACACAGAUUCUGAAGAAAUUCAGCUAUAUCUUGCCCUGUGACGUUCAUCGACUAAUGGACAGUGAGGCCAUGAUGAUAAACCAGGCUGUGCUGUCCAACAGAAGGGCUGUGGCCAAACUAACCUUGAACCUGAUGGAGGAUGAUCUGCAGAAAGAGGCCCUCCACCGGCUGAGAUGGGAGGACAAGCUGAAAGACUGGAAACGAAUCAAGGUCCUUGCUGCAGUCAACAGAUUCAAAGAUUUCAUCAACGGUCCAGCCUUAAACGACUCUAAGGACAUCCGGGACACAUUGGACACUUUGCAUAGGUCACAGGCACGGUACAAUACGGAGAGGAUCACUGUCCUGCAGGCAAUCAAAACCAUGACGCCACCAAAUUGCUCCCAGUCCUUGAUUACAGUGUGGUAUUCCAAUCUAUCUGCAGUCAAUGACAAAAUUGAUUGCGUGCAUAUUGACACAAUGAAAAGAUUGCAAUGCUACUAUGAGCAAAUCUGGCAGAACUGCCUAGAUAAGGUGGAGUGCUUCAAGGAUGAAGUGCACACCUAUGGGUUGCCUGUGGAAGAAAUUCAGGAUGUUGUUGAUACUGAACUACUGUCUUUGGUUGGAAAAUGCCAGAAACAAGUAGAGGAGCAUCUGGAAGUCUUGGAUAGAGCUUUUGAAUGUUUGGCCAAGCGAGCUGCUGGCCUGAGCAAGCUGCUCUUCAAGUUCCUGCGCUCGGCAUCUCUUCUGUGGGAGGUGCACACAGCGGGGCUCCAGCGCAGAGAACAGCAGCUGCAGGGCCAGGUGGAAGAGCUGCUUCAGAGCUACAAGCAGGAACAACUGAAAAAAGACACUCAGCUAGACAUCUUGCUGGACAAACUCAGACAGGAAAGUUCAGAGGAUUUCAUGAAAGUCACCCUGGAUAAAAUCUUUGGCAUUUUGGGCGAUCUAAAACAAGGGUAUAUGACUCUUCAUAAAGAAGAAAUUGAUACAGUGGAGAUUUAUCCUGCCUUGGUCCUAGAGGAAUUGCAAAUCUAUAGCAUGGCUGUCAGCAGAUUCUUCGGUGUCAAAGAGGUUCAUUGUCAGGUGUCUGAAGAAUGUAAAACCCUUUAUCCUUCUCUGCAAAUAGAUGUCAGUGGCAAAGUCAUCAUAAAGAAAAGGAAGCAAAAUCAGGUCCAGGGCAGGAAACGCUUGCUUAGCGCUGGGGGGUCUGUCAGUCCAAAAGAUGGCAACUCAGUGCCUUCUCCGGAGGAGGAUAAUGACUGCCCUGAGGUGUUCUUUGACUCUCAAAAUCAGGACUCCUUCACCAGUGCCAAGGGAAAUAGUUAUAAUGCUAUGAAGUUUGUGGAUCUUUCUACUGAGGAUGAUCAGGAACCUGACAUUCCAGAAGUUGAGCUGGUGAGGUAUCCCGCCGGCCUCUUCAUCGAGCUCCUUGGAAAUGUACGCCUGGCCUUUUUCGAUCACCUUGAAGAAUGGUACAAUUCAGUUUUGAUGAACUCUUUUGACAUUACAUCAGCUAAGAAGGUGGAGCGGGAAGCUGAACAUGCUUUGCGCCUGCAUCUGCACCAGCCACGGGCGAGGAGGAUAGAAAUGGAUAUCUACUAUGUCCGUGCAGCUGAGCUGGUGUUUCAUAGAGACCAUGUAGACAAACACUGUAAAGCUGUGCUCCAGUCCCUGGCCAAUUAUCGCAGUGAAUUCCAAGAUCUUCAGGUCCAACAUCACAAGCUCACUUCAGACUUCCGGGGGCUUAUCUACGGCAUGGAGGAUAUGUUCAACUUGGCGACUAAAUCUGAUGUCUUGGUUAAUCUCUCUAGUACACUCCAGUCUGACCUCGAGAAGCACAACAGUGCCAUCCAGGCCUCACAGAGACAAUUCAGAGAAAAACUUGAGCAGCAAUUAGAGGACCUCAGGGGAGCCAACGCACAGUUAUUGAAAUCUAUCAGAUUGUUUUCUGAGGGAGGAAACUUCUCACCCAAAGAAACUGAGCUCUAUCAAAAACGCUUAGAGAAGAUUGCGAAGCGCAUCGACUCGACUGAAGAGGGCGUACACUUGGACAUGGAACAAACCGAAUACAAAUGUCUAGAACAGGCCAAAGAUGUUAUUUCGAGAUUUGAGGAGAAAUUCUUCUAUUUGACUGUGGAUCUCAAGUUUCUGGAGAAAAUCCAGGGGAUACUAACCAACUCGCAGGUUUAUAUUAAAACAGAGGUAACAAACAGCAACACGCAAAAGAAAAAGCUAAGCAACCUUCUUGAUGAACUGGAAGUGAUGGCGCAGAGCUGUUCCAAUCCAAGCCCUGAUAAGCAGACAGUGACUCUAGAAGAAGUUCUCACUUUUACUACGACCUUGAUGGGAGACCUGAGAAAGAGAUGUUUCUACCUUGAUUGCAUUUUAGACCCGUCCCUGGCGGCUCAACUGCUAGAUUGCCCACUGCAGGGCCCAUUUGCAGUAGCAGCUCGUCCCCAGUCCCACAAGGAGGAGAAAAGCAUUAUGCUGGAGGGUCUCUUAAAUCCCAGCAGCGCAGGAAUAUCCUUUAUAGACGACGUGUCUGUGGGGGUGGUCAAGGGGCUCCUGAGAUUAAGCAAACCAAAGGUUCUUCCGGAUAAUCAGUCAGAGUCUCUGGAUCGGGCCUCUACUGUAGUCCCGGCAGGUGGGCCCUCUCCUGCCGCCCAGAGAUGGAGUAAUAUUGGGCUGGAGAACCUUCGCAGGAGGUCUCAGGAGUCCAUAGGCGCACAGAGUGUGAAGAGGUUCUCCAAGCCCAAUCGCUGUGACAGGAGGUUUCAGGUGUUUGGCUCCAGGCCUGUGGAACAGAGCAUGACCAGCUUUAAAGGGAUAGUAACAAAUAUCCUGUGGAAAGCUAAUGAUGGCCUUCUUCAGGUGGCAGAGGAGUUCUACAGGAAGAAGGAACGACGAGCGAUCACACGGCCACAAUACCUACAGGAGACAUUUGAACAGUGUGCGGAGGAGAUGAACAAGAGACUAUUGCAGUACAGAAGCCAAGCGCAAGACUAUCAUAAUUGUUGCCUACAAGAGUUGAGGAUGCAGCUGAAGGACUGUGAAGACAAGCUGUCCACCCUCCCGGUGAAGCUGAUCUCCCACCUCACACACCAGUGCCUACACAGCUUAAGUAAGGACAUGGAACUCGAACGACAGAAACUCGCAGUCACCUUGAAGAAAAGCGAGGAGAUUAAGAGAGAGUUGAGAUCCCAGCUGAGCGUGCGUCUGUUCUAAUGGGUGUUUGUGACGUGUGUUUCAGAGAGAGUUGAGAUCCCAGCUGAGCGUGCGUCUGUUCUAAUGGGUGUUUGUGACGUGUGUUUCAGAGAGAGUUGAGAUCCCAGCUGAGCGUGCGUCUGUUCUAAUGGGUGUUUGUGACGUGUGUUUCAGAGAGAGUUGAGAUCCCAGCUGAGCGUGCGUCUGUUCUAAUGGGUGUUUGUGACGUGUGUUUCAGAGAGAGUUGAGAUCCCAGCUGAGCGUGCGUCUGUUCUAAUGGGUGUUUGUGACGUGUGUUUCAGAGAGAGUUGAGAUCCCAGCUGAGCGUGCGUCUGUUCUAAUGGGUGUUUGUGACGUGUGUUUCAGAGAGAGUUGAGAUCCCAGCUGAGCGUGCGUCUGUUCUAAUGGGUGUUUGUGACGUGUGUUUCAGAGAGAGUUGAGAUCCCAGCUGAGCGUGCGUCUGUUCUAAUGGGUGUUUGUGACGUGUGUUUCAGAGAGAGUUGAGAUCCCAGCUGAGCGUGCGUCUGUUCUAAUGGGUGUUUGUGACGUGUGUUUCAGAGAGAGUUGAGAUCCCAGCUGAGCGUGCGUCUGUUCUAAUGGGUGUUUGUGACGUGUGUUUCAGAGAGAGUUGAGAUCCCAGCUGAGCGUGCGUCUGUUCUAAUGGGUGUUUGUGACGUGUGUUUCAGAGAGAGUUGAGAUCCCAGCUGAGCGUGCGUCUGUUCUAAUGGGUGUGUUUGUGACGUGUGUUUCAGAGAGAGUUGAGAUCCCAGCUGAGCGUGCGUCUGUUCUAAUGGGUGUUUGUGACGUGUGUUUCAGAGAGAGUUGAGAUCCCAGCUGAGCGUGCGUCUGUUCUAAUGGGUGUUUGUGACGUGUGUUUCAGAGAGAGUUGAGAUCCCAGCUGAGCGUGCGUCUGUUCUAAUGGGUGUUUGUGACGUGUGUUUCAGAGAGAGUUGAGAUCCCAGCUGAGCGUGCGUCUGUUCUAAUGGGUGUUUGUGACGUGUGUUUCAGAGAGAGUUGAGAUCCCAGCUGAGCGUGCGUCUGUUCUAAUGGGUGUUUGUGACGUGUGUUUCAGAGAGAGUUGAGAUCCCAGCUGAGCGUGCGUCUGUUCUAAUGGGUGUUUGUGACGUGUGUUUCAGAGAGAGUUGAGAUCCCAGCUGAGCGUGCGUCUGUUCUAAUGGGUGUUUGUGACGUGUGUUUCAGAGAGAGUUGAGAUCCCAGCUGAGCGUGCGUCUGUUCUAAUGGGUGUUUGUGACGUGUGUUUCAGAGAGAGUUGAGAUCCCAGCUGAGCGUGCGUCUGUUCUAAUGGGUGUUUGUGACGUGUGUUUCAGAGAGAGUUGAGAUCCCAGCUGAGCGUGCGUCUGGGCCACCCGGCCUGUGCAGGGGACCUGGAGAGGCUGCAGCGGGAGGAGGAACACAGGC